GGUAAUUUAAACAAAUAUGUUAUUGAUUUAAGAGACAUCUAGUCACAGGUGUGAAACCAUCAGCAGGUGUAAAAGAAGCAGGUUAACAUCUGAUCUGAGUACAGUGGGCCAGGCAGCUUCCACUUCAGUUAAUCCACUGAAGAUGCUAACAGAAAUACAACAGGUGUUGCGGUUGGUGAUGAUUUUGGCAAAGAAAAGACGAAGAUGCUGUUUAAAGAACGCAGGAGGACUUUUGGUGCUUCUGUGGACUGAAACAGGAGACUCUGUUCAAAGUCUGAACUGCACUGUUGCAGCUGCCGGUCCUUGGUGCCGAGGGAUUCAGAUGAAAGCGCUACAGCCUGACCUGAGAGAUUUGGAAGAGAGCAUGCUUCCCCAUGCGUGGCCGUGCCCCCCGCCUGACCCUGAGGAGCUGUUUGCCUUCACUGAUCUGUACGGUCCCCCCAGAUUACUCCUGUCAUUUCAGAUGAAUGCCAGACUUCUCCGUCCAGAGUGGUGCGCUCAUUUGGAAGCGUUUCUGCACACAUUCAGUGUGUCUAACGCUGGGAUAAAAAUCCAGCUCAGAUUCAGUUUAAAUCAGCGGAUCGUCCAGCGAGACUUUAGAGUGAAGACCACGAGUAGAGCUGCACUGGCGAACCAACCAUCACUGAUCUUGGAUGUCACCUGUAGCACAGAGCCACCAGAGUGGGUGAAGACAGGAGGCUGGUGUCUGGGAGGACACCCCGUCCUUGGAGGCAGGUUGCCGCUCAGCAUCCCACCUGAGGCCAUGGACCAGGGCCUGUUCGGGGAGCUCAGCGUCCAGCCCGUCACGCUCCUCAGCCCCUGUGUGCUGCAGUACCCCAAUCUGCCGACGCAACUCACUCACAUAAAAGUCCACGUGUUGGUAUGCAGCCCCAGUAAUGUUCCUGUCACAGGCCCUUCUACCUUCCUCCAGAACCUUCCUGCACAUCUGGACUGUCGGGAACUGGGCCUGCACGGCCUUCGCUGCUCCUCCUAUAAAGAUCUUGUGCACAGCGGCGGCACUGUGUACACAGUAGAGCAGGAAAACUGCAAGGAUUCAGAGCAAGCAUCGAGUCCUCCCCGAGCGCAGCAGAGGCUCCUGCUUUUUCUCUUCCUGCAGUACAAUGAUCCCUUCACCUGCCAGCUCAAUGACAUUAUGGCCACAGAGGUGCUGAUAGAGCGCCACCUGGAGGCGAUUCUGAACAACAACAGGAAGGCAGUCACAGCAGCCCUGCAGACUGAGUUGAAGGACACACUGAAAGUCCAGAAUUGCAGGAAAAAGGACCAAGAGAAGCUGCGUACAGCUGCUGAGGUGAUUAUCAGCUCAUCCAUCAGUAUUGUGAGCUGCAGCAGCAACAUGGACUUCAGAAACACCUGCCUGAACCGCAUGAAAGUGCGUGACACUCAUGAACUGUCAGCCUCCCUCCGUAAAUCUCUGUGGAGGGUGACAUCAUGGAAAUUCAUUCCCAAGAGCAAGUGCUACACUGCUCAGAUGGAAGAACAUCCUGAGAGUGAUGAGCUCACCAGAGCAGAAAUCUGAGAGUGCCUGUGUUUGACCUGAAAGAGUUCAGUUCUGGUUGAAGGCUGUGAAAGCACUCAAGAGUGCACAUUUUAUAGAAGUUUGGUGCCAGUACAUGUUGUAAAUGGAAUGGCUAUUCAGCUUUUAAUUUAAAGAAUGCAUUUUUUAUGUGUUACAACAGAUGUGAUUUUCCUUUCUUAUUUUGCACAGUUCUGAUAUAGAAAAUCUUUCAAAAAAUACAUUGAACUGAAUUUACUAACCCUGAACUCCCUUGUUGAUGUUUUUUUCUAUUAUGUGAGUGUGUUUUUAAUCAGUUUGUCGAUAAAAUAAAUUGUUACUUUGGCUCUAAUGCAGCAUGUUAUCUGCCAAGUAAAAAAAAAAAAAGAGAAAGAAAGUC